CUGUCUUUUUGGAUCAAGAGGCUGUCUUCACAACAAAUUGAGCGGUCCUGUACAAUUCCCGCUUAUGUACACUAUGUCUGUGGAUGACUGGCUGAGGGCAGCAAAAACUACAUAGGCAGGCCACACAAACCAUACACCACACCAUGCACGUCGAGACACAUUCAGACCUGACUGACGGACCUAUGGAUGCAAUCAGUUACAGACAGUCACACCUGCAGACGGCCAGCCCAGCACACACACACUCACACACACACACACACUCGGACAAACGACCUACGUAGCAACACUAUGCCCUUCCCCACCCACCCACCCACCCACCCUCCCUCCCUCUCUGCUGUCUGUGUCGGUCACGUCCCCAAUUCGUGGGCUCGGCGCACACCAAUACGCUCGACUUGACGGAAAAAACACGCGGGGGCCACUCACCAUUGGGUCCCCCACGCCGCUCAUGUCACACACACAUGCAAUGUCCCCUCCCUCCCCUCUCAGCCCUCCCAGCCCUCUUGAGUUAGUCGAUGACCUUGAGGCUGUUGUAGGUGUCCUUGUUGAGCAUGUCCAUCAUGACUGACUGAGGCGUGAACUGCUCCAGCUCGCCGCUCAUGAAGGCCGUCAGCAGGUUGCUGCUGAAGCCGCUAAGCAGCGCCACGCCCUCCUCGCACGCCACAGUGGGCUUGCUCCCGCUCGCACGCAAAUUCCCUGCGCACAGAGAGAGAGAGAGAGAGAGAGCACCAGGGGAUGAUAAAGUGCGUCGUGUGUGUGUAUGUGAUGGGGGGAGGGGAGGGCUUACAGAAGAUGAUGUGCGGCAUGGGGUAUCCCGCCUCGGCGAACUUGUCCUGAAUGAGGUUGAAGUCGGUCUUCUUGCGGCCGUGACUCUGACCGGUGGCGCAGUCGAACUCCAUGUCGGAGAAGAUGAAGAGCUGCUGCGGCAUGUCGUCCGGCUGGACGCUGAACUCCUUGGCCCUGGCGAGUAUCUGGUCGAAGACGGCCUGCAGGUCGGUGUUCGCGCCCCACUCCAUGCGCUGAAUGGCCUGCACCUUCUGCUCGAGCGUCUGCUGUGGGUCGAUGGAGAAGAACGUGGGCCUCUGGCUGAAGGUGAUGAUGGUGUUGCCCCAGGGCUCAUCACUGACUUGGGCAGUGAUCAGCGACCUGAUCAAUCGACCAGACACAGACAGACACACACUUGAUGAGCAUGAUGCAUUGUGUCUUGUCGUCUGUGUGUGUGGUGGCUUACAGUGCGAUGGCGACCUCCAUGGGCUCGCCGGUCAUCGACCCUGAGACGUCACAGACGGCCACGUUGUUCUUGAGGGGGCAGCCGCCACCCUUGGCCAUGAGGUCGGCCACCAGGCGGUUCCACUGCAGCUCGUUGGUCUGCUUCUCGGCCUCCGACUGGUCGUCCUCCUGGCGGCUGAAGUAGGUGUUCAUGAAGGGCUUGAGCAGCUCGUGAGGCAGCACUGCACCGGCAGCGAUCUUCUUCUCGCCCUUGACGACCUUCUCGAGGAAGGCCGCGAACCGCUCACCGUCGUGCUUGACAAACGCCUUCUUGUUCAGCUUCAUGCAGCGGGACGGCACACGCUCAUAGGGCAAGAGAUCCCACUUGUCGGCCGACAUGAAGACCUCAGGGACGUCGGUGUAGGCCCGCAGGGGGCUGAGGAACUCCUUGCGGUAGAGGUCCUUCUUCUGCUGGAGGGUCAGGUCGGUGCGGUCUGCGUAGAGCUCGGCCGCGAUGGCGCCGGCCAGCUGGGUGAUGUUGUCGUGAUACCCAUUGAGGGAGGGAGCCCACUUCUGCACAGACACACAGACAGACAGACAGACAGACAGACAGCACACACGCAUAGCAUGACAGGAGUGAAGGGGGGCCUCGGUGUAAGGGGGUUGGUGGUGUGCUGUGUUGUCUUACCGCAGCGUAGUUGACCGUCUUCUUCUGCUUCAUCGCCUCCAGGUCCUUUCCCAGCUGCUCAGCGAACAUCUUGGCCACCGUGUCGAGCAGCUGGCGAGUGUGGUCGUCCUUGUCGAGGCUCUCCUUCAGCCGCUCCUUCUCAGCCGCACGCUUGGCGACGCGCGUCUGCUUUGCCGCCUCUUGCUCGCCCGCCACCCUCUCCUCGACCAGGGCCUUGUUCUCCGCCUGGUACUCCUUCCACUUGGCCUCGAAUGCCUCCUUGUCGUCGCCGCAGGCCUCCUGCACACACACACACACCACGAAGAGUCAUUCCAGAUAAGGUCCAUCAGUGGUUGUGUUGACAACGAACCUUGAGCUCAGCCGCCUUGUCCUUGAGGACCUGCUUGCGCUGCUUCUUGCGUGACUUGCGCUUGAUGCGGUCAUCCCGCGUCCUCUUGUGAUGCUCUUGGCAUCGUGCCCGGAAGGCCUCGAUGCCCUCGAUGGCGAUGGACAGGAGGUCGGCAGGACACUUCCAGCAUGUGUGCUGGGCGACGAGGGAGAGGUUGGCGAGGAACGUCACUGCACCACACACACACAAGGACACAGACAAGCAGAGAUGAGAAUGCUGUGGUGGACAAGCCGUUCUGUCUACGCACAUCCCCUUUCCUCCCCGCUGUGUGCCCCGCCUUACGUGGAUGGUGCACUCGCAGCCAGUCGAGCGACUCGUAGAAGUUGGCUCUAUCUGCCUUGCCGUCCUUGACGUUCCCCAGGUGGAAGAUGGCACGCAGCGUGAGCUGCGCAUCGGCUUCGUAGGCAGCCUUGAGCAGCUCCUGGAGGGUGUCGGGCGAGCAGCGAGGCACCACCUCGAAGAAGAAGUCCACGACCGCGUUGUGGGUGGUGGAGAAGGUGAAGGCCUUGUUCUCGGUCAGUGCAUCCGGCUCAUGCACCGCCAUCUUGCCACCAGCCGAAUCAGUCAUCGAAACGUCCGCCAUGUUUGACAAAGAAUGAGGAAAAACAGAAAACUGUCGAGUAGUUCUCCUAUUUGUCGACGACAGGAAAGCGGCAGAGUUUGCUGUCUG